ACGAACACUGCUCCAAGAAGCACACAUGGCCGGUGCCGGCACCUCCGCUGUCCUCUUCGCGCUGGUCUGCUGCCUCCUUGUCGGCCCUGCCCCGGCGCGCCGCCCCGCCGAGCUUCCGGCGCAGGUAGUUCUCGAAGCCGAUGCCCGCGAGGCCUCCGCCGAGCCGCUUCUGCCCAAGCCGUUGGCGAUCGUCGAGGCGGCCGACCCCAGCACCGUCCUCUCCUCCGUGCAGGGGCUGGAGGUAGACCCGGCUGGCCAGGAACCCCAGAUAAUCAGUUGCGGCGGCGAAGACGCGGCGGUCUCCGAGCAGCCACUGUCCCUGGGUACCAGGGCUCAACCGGCAAGGAAGGGCGAGGUGCAGGAGCAGGAGCGGCGUGAGGACGACUCUGACUCGGACAGCGACUCGGAUUCAGACGACGAGGACAACGAGCAUGGGAUCGUUGCGUGGUUCUGGAGGCUGGCGCGUCGCUUCUGAAUUCUGAUCGAUCAUGGCCGUCGAUUUUCCUGUGAUAUGUCGUUGUGUAUUUUUGUUCUGCUUGCUUUGAACUUAUAUAUGUAGUUCUGCGGCUGUGUAUGCGUUUUGGAAUUUAUCCGUCUGUACAUGUUAUGUUGAUGAACAAAUGGAAAUCCGGUGCGUUGUGCAUA